AAGCUGCGUCGUUGCGUGGCAUUUGGAGCCGUUGGCGCCAUGCAAACCUAGUAGGAUAUUUUCAGUGGUGAGUUGCGUCCGCACCGGAUCGAAUCUAUUCAGUCAGUGUUCAGAAAGACGCGACCAGAAGCGAACGUACCCAAAUCCACACGUUGCUCACGGCACUCUCGUCGAUCGAUACUACUACUACCUUCGUAUACCCAACCUACCUACCUACUAACAAAAUAACAACAACUUUGUACCAAGACCGUGACCUGUGGACAUCCACGAAAAUCAACAGCAUUUCCAUUGUUAACAACGAUUCAAUUCGAUUAUCAAAUGGAAAAUGGGUUAAAACUUCUCGCUCUCUAUCUGUAAUAAAUUAGAAGAUCCGAAGGUAUCUUUCAACUGAAGUGCGAAUAUCUAUCCGAAAGAGACUCUCUGAUUGAAGAAAGAAAACAGCUAAAGCAUGGCUAAUAAAGCGGCCACCGAAGUUCGCAACGGGCACGAGUUGGCCCCCUUGAACUCGCGGCAGGAAGGACGUCCAGGUGUCACAAUAGUCUUGCAGGGUCGAGGUUCGAUCAUCUCGAGAGGAUCGAGGAACAGCGGAGGUUUGGAACCAGAAUCCGAUAGGGCAGCAUGGUCUGGCAAAAUGCAGUUCUUCCUCUCUAUCAUCGGCUACUCCGUCGGUCUCGGGAACAUCUGGAGGUUCCCCUAUCUGUGCCAGCAAAACGGUGGAGGUGCUUUCUUGAUACCGUUCUUCAUCAUGCUGAUUUUGGAGGGAAUUCCACUGUUCCUGAUUGAAUUGGGAAUCGGGCAGAAGAUGAGGCUCGGCUCUUUGGGCGUUUGGAACACUAUACACCCUUGGUUAGGUGGAAUAGGAAUUUCGUCGUGCGUCGUCACCUUCUUCGUAGCUCUCUAUUACAACGUUAUCAUCACCUGGUGCUUCUACUAUUUGUUCAACAGUUUUCAGUACCCUUUACCGUGGUCCGAGUGUCCGAAAAUAAAUGGUACCGAUAUCGCGGAGUGCGCCAAGUCUUCGGAAACUGCUUACUUUUGGUAUAGAACCACUUUGGAUGCUGCGCCUUCGAUCGAUGAUCCCGGUGCACCGAGAUGGUGGAUUGUCAUUUGCCUUCUGCUCUCGUGGCUUAUCGUCUUUUUCAUCGUCAUGAAAGGAAUUCAGAGCUCCGGAAAAGUUGUUUACUUUACGUCAAUGUUUCCCUAUGUUGUCUUGACCAUUUUCUUUGUGAGAGGAAUAACAUUGAAAGGAGCUAGUGCCGGUUUGGCCCACAUGUACACGCCAAAGGUGGAGAAAUUACUAGAUCCGACGGUCUGGCUAGACGCGGCAACGCAAGUCUUUUACUCCUUCGGACUUGCGUUCGGAUCUCUCAUAGCCUUUGGUUCAUAUAACCAACCGAAAAACAACUGCGUUCGAGACGUCAUUCUAGUAUCAAUAUGUAAUGCCGUCACGGCAAUCUACGCUAGCGUCGUAAUUUUCGCCAUCCUCGGUUUUAAAGCUAUGAGCAACGUAGACAAAUGUAUCGACAACAACAAACUGAAAAUGGUGGCACAAAAUUUACUGGCGAACCAUUCGAGCGAAGAGAUGUACGAGAAGGCUUUCGACUUGAUUUCCAACGAGGAUAAAGUUCUCUACGGAAUAGAGACUUGUUCGUUAGAGCAGCAGCUAGACGAGGCGGCAGAAGGAACUGGGCUAGCUUUCAUAGUUUUCACUCAGGCCAUCGUCGAACUUCCCGGAGCGCCCUUCUGGGCCGUAAUCUUCUUUAUGAUGUUACUAUCUCUUGGUUUGGGUUCACAAAUCGGUAUACUUGAGGGCAUGCUUUGCACCAUUUUCGAUAUUGAAAUCUUCAAGAGGAUCAAGAAGCAAUACGUCACCGGUGUUGUUUGCAUCAUCUGUUUCUUCGUUGGUUUGAUCUUCACGACGGGGGCGGGAGAGUAUUGGUUGAAGAUGUUCGAUUCCUUUGCUGGAACCAUCGGGUUGGUUGUCGUCGCUCUCAUGGAAAUGAUCUCUGUGGUUUACAUCUACGGACACGAAAGGUUCACGCAGGAUAUCUAUGAGAUGACUGGUCACCGGCCUGGACUGUUUUGGCAGAUAACGUGGCGUUUCCUCGCGCCGCUUAUCAUGUCUGUUAUCCUCGUUUCAUCUAUCGUGUUUAUGGCUAUAAACAAUCCCACGUAUCAAGCCUGGAUUGCUGAUAAGGGAGAGGUCGUCGAAAUGCAGUACCCAAGUUGGGUAAUGACUAUUGCCGUAGUGAUGAUCUGUGCCGGAAUUCUGCCCAUUCCGAUCGUGUUCCUACUGCGAAGGUAUCAAUGCCUGAAGAUGGAUAUCAACAUCCAUGAGGGUUCCAUCAGGCGUAUUGAUACCACAGUUUCCACCAAAGAAAUGAUCACCGACGUAGAUCUGAACGACUCAGAUGACUCUGAUGACCGACUUCGGAACUUCAAUGAUGAUGAUCGCGAUGACAGCGACGACGAUGAUCCCAGAGUCAAAAUGAAUCGUUUAGGGAAGGCCUUCCGCAUGGAAGUCAUGGAUGAUUAUUGA